AUGCCUGAGCAUUCGGAAAAAGCAGCGCCGGAGCGCCAGCCGGACGAGAUUGAGCGCCCAGCAUCUCCUCUAUCUGUUGACACUGCGGAGUCGGAGGCAGUACGGGAUGUGGAAAAGGCCCUGCCAGACCAUGCUUUCCCCUCGGCAGACACCUCCGGGGAGCCAGCCGGGGCCGAGACGGAUCCCGGACCUGCGGCAGCUGCUUGCCGGACAAUGUCUCGGGUGUCGUCCACAAGGUCCAGGGCUGUUACCAUUGUGCCGCGAACGCAGCGACGAGGCUUGUUGAGCCACUUCGCCAUUACUCCCGAAGUAGAAAGACCGUUUGAGUACAAGAAUUCGACGAAAUGGCUCAUUACCGGCACCGUAGCCUUUGCAACGCUGGCUGCCCCGUUGGGAUCCGCCAUUCUUUACCCUUCUCUGCACCACCUGACGAUCGAGUUCAACACGUCGUCCACAGUCGCCAACCUGUCUGUCGCCUUGUACAUGUUGGCCAUGGGUAUUUUCCCGCUGUGGUGGUCCUCGUUCUCCGAAGAAUUCGGCCGCCGCAGCAUUUACAUCAUCUCCUUCAUCAUGUUCAUCCUAUCCACCGUCCUGUGCGGCCUGAGCCAGAACAUGGCCAUGCUCAUCGUGUUCCGGUGCCUGACGGGCGGGGCAUCGGCCAGCGUUCUAGCCGUCGGCGCGGGCACCAUUGCCGACAUCUGGGAGAGCUUUGAGCGAGGCCGCUCCAUGAGCAUGUAUUAUCUGGGGCCGCUCCUGGGGCCCAUCGUCUCCCCGACCCUGGGCGGUGUUUUGACGGAGAAGCUGGGGUGGCGGGCGUGCAUGUACUUCCUGACCGUGUACGGCUUGGUCGUGACCGUGCUGCUGGUGCUGUUUCUGCCCGAGACGCUGGCCCGCAAAAAGACGCCUCCUCACCCCCAAGCGGACGCCGACGCCGACGAUGACGGUGACGGUGACGGUGACGGUGACGAGGCCGCCGCCCGGCGAGGCUUGCAAAAGGUUUCCACGCGACAGUCGGCCAAGAGGCACUCGAAGCGCUUUGCAAAGCAGACCAAGCGCUUCCUGGUCGACCCGCUGGCCGUCCUGCUGCUGCUUCGGUUUCCCCCCGUCCUCAUAACCGUGUGCGUGGCCUCGGUCGCCUUUGGAGCCCUGUUCGUCGUCAAUAUCUCGGUCCAGCAGACGUUUGCCAAGCCGCCGUACAGCUUUUCGGAAAUCAGCGUCGGCCUGCUGUACCUCCCGCCGGCCCUGGGCUACUUCAUCACGGCCCUCUUCGGCGGCAGGUGGAUCGACAACAUCAUGGCCAGGGAAGCCCGGAAGGCGAACCGGUACGACGCCCGCGGCAAGCUCGUCCUGCUGCCCGAGGACCGCGUGAGGGAGAACAUGUGGAUCGCCAACACGGUGUAUCCCUGCGCUCUGCUGCUGUUUGGCUGGACGCUCGACCGCGGGAUAUUCUGGCUUGUGCCGUCGGUUGGCGCCUUUCUGUUUGGCCUCUCAUACAUGCUCGUGUUUAGCGUGGCCACGACAAUGCUCACAGAGCUGGUCAGCAAGAGGAGCUCGGCCGGCGUGGCCGUCAACAACUUUGCGCGCAGCAUCCUCAGCUGCGCGGCCACGGUUGUCGCGGCGCCGUGGAUCCAGGGCGUCGGCGUGGGCUACGUCAUGACCACCGUGGCGUGUUUCUGCAUGGUGGCAGGAUACGCGGGCAUCUGGACCCUGCGGAGAAACGCGCCGCGGUGGAGGAAGGAGAUGGACGUGGCGCUGCAAAGCAUGACAUGA